AUGGCAGCAAGUCCACUUUGGUUACUCCUCGACCUUUUGAAGGAUCCAGAUACGUCCAAUAAAAUUGUCUUGCAAAUGGCUUGGUCUCAAGUCAAGGCAAUUGGAAUUGGAAAAGUAUUGGCCGCUUUAUUAAGUGCAUUGACCGUUGGUGUGUCAUCAUUUAUCAGAAUUCCACAAAUCCGUAAAUUGUUGAUCAAGACUGAAGCUGAUCGUGUUGGUGUUGCUAAGGGAUUGUCUUUACAAAGUUUGACAAUUGACACGUUAAACAGUUUAGUUCAUGUUUCAUUCAAUUCACACAACAAUAUACCUUUCAUCAAUUAUGGAGAAAGCUUGCUUUUGGGUAUACAAAAUGCCAUUAUUAUCUUAUUGACCAAGUAUUACAGAUUGAGAGGAAAUGAUGAAAUUGACAAUGUAUCCAAAUUACCAUUGUCAGAAGCUAUCAAGGAAUUAGCUGAUGGUUUGGCUCAACCACUUUUGAUUAUGGCAGGUGCAGUAAUUUUUUUCACCAAGGUCGCCCCAUCUAGUCUCAUUUCUACGUUGGAAAUCUUAAACAUUCCAAUCUCAAUUAUCUCCAAAAUUCCUCAAAUUAAAGCCAAUCAUAAAUUACAAACUGUCAGCCACUUAAGUGAUGUUGUCUUGAGAGCUAAUGUACUUGGCUCAAUCAUUAGAGUGUACACUUCAUACACCGACUAUUCUACCAAGGCAAAGAGAAAUAAAAACACUGUGGAUGAAAAGAUUUUGGUUGCCGGUUAUACCACGUCUUUGAUUAUGAACUCCAUCUUGUUAGGACAAUCUAUCGUUUAUGAUAAAUUAGGUAAAGGAAAACGUGUUAAGGAUGAGGAGACCAAGAGGGAUUAA